AUGGAUUGUCAAGAACCUCCUCCAAAAAAAGAUUCAGAAAUUCUGACCGGUUCCUGGCCUGACAAAGCUUAUCCAGAAGGUACUCAGGCUAUAUAUAAAUGCCGCCCUGGAUUUCGAACUCUUGGAAGUAUUAUAAUGACAUGCAAGAAUGGAAAAUGGGUUGCUCUUAAUCCAUCCAGGAUUUGUCAGAGAAAACCUUGUGGACAUCCUGGAGAUACUCCCUUUGGUUCAUUUCAGCUCACAGUAGGAACAGAAUUUGAAUAUGGAGCAAAGGUUGUUUAUACGUGUUCUGAGGGGUAUCAACUGCUAGGUUCAAUUGAUUAUCGUGAAUGUGAACCAGAAGGAUGGACCAAUAAUAUUCCUUUAUGUGAAGUUGUGAAGUGUUUACCAGUAACAGAACCAGAGAAUGGGCGAGUUAUCAGUGGUGCACUGGAACCAAACCAGGAAUAUUCUUUUGGACAAGUGGUACAGUUUGAGUGUGCUUCUCGCUUCAAGCUAGAGGGACCUAAAGAAAUUCAUUGUUUGGCAGAUGGCUCAUGGAGUGGUAAAAUCCCAAAAUGUGUAGAAAUUUCCUGCCAAGUAAAAGAAAUUAGAAAUGGAUUUUCUGUAUCUCCAGACAGAAGUUAUAAGGAGAAUGAGAGAUUUCAGUAUAAAUGUAACAAGGGAUUUGAAUACAGUGAAAGAGGAGAUGCUGUAUGCACUAAAUCUGGGUGGCGUCCAACUCCUUCAUGCAAAGAAGUCGUAUGUAAUCCUCCUGUUAUUGAAAAUGGUUCCUUCAAACCUGUAAGGAUUACACAUAGAAGUGAAGAUCAAAUCACCUACAUGUGUAAAGAUGGCUUUUAUCCUACAACCAGGGGAAAUACAGCACUGUGCACUAGCAGUGGCUGGGUACCUACACCAAGAUGUAGUUUGAAACCUUGUAGUUUUCCAGAAAUAAAGCAUGGAUAUCUACAUAAUGAAGAGAGGUAUCGACCAUACUUUCCAGAAUCUAUAGGAAGCUCUUUCUACUAUUACUGUAAUAGAGGAUUUGUGACUCCUUCACACAGUGAUUGGUAUUACGUAACAUGCACAAAAGAUGGAUGGACACCAAAAGUCCCCUGCCUCAGAAAAUGCUAUUUAUAUCAAGUGGAAAAUGGAUAUUCUUCUAAAUCAGGCAGACAUUAUUUACAGGGUAAUUCGGUACAAGUUGAGUGCAACCGUGGGUACAGUCUUCCAAAUGGACAUACCACCAUUACAUGUACAGAGCAAGAUUGGUCCCCUCCUCCCAAAUGCCUUCGUGUCAAAAGAGAAUGCAGUGUUCCUAUGUUACCAAAAACCUUAGAAGCCUCACCUAAGAAAAACAAAUAUAAAGUUGGAGAUGUACUGAAGUUUUCCUGUUCACAGAAAUAUCAAAUAGUGGGACCAGAUUCAAUUCAAUGCUACUACUUUGGAUGGUCCCCUAAAAUUCCAAUAUGUAAAGAGCAGGUAAAAUCAUGUGGCCCACCUCCUCAACUGCUCAAUGGGGAAGUUAAAGAGACAAAGAAAGAAGAAUAUAAGCAUAAAGAAGUGGUGGAAUGUGAUUGCAAUCCCAAAUUCCUAUUGAAGGGGUCUAAGAAAAUCCAAUGUGUUGAUGGAGAAUGGACAACUUUGCCUAUAUGUGUUGAGGAAGAGAGUACAUGUGGCGAUAUCCCUGCACUUGAACACGGCUAUAGUUUGCCCUCUGAACCUCCUUAUCACCAUGGAACUGUAGUGGAGUUCAGUUGUGAAGAUUCAUUUAUGAUGAAUGGACACAAAUUUAUUAGAUGUGUUCGUGGAGUGUGGACUGAACUUCCUCAGUGCAUUGGAGAAAUGAAACAGUUAUGCCCACCUCCUCCUCUCAUUCCCAAUACUCGAAGUAUGACGAUGACAGUGAAUUACAAAGAUGGAGAGAAAAUAUCUAUUCUCUGUCAAGAAAAUUACAUAACUCAAGAAGCAGAUGAAAUCGUGUGCAGUGGUGGGAAAUGGCAGUCAAUACCACGCUGUGUUGAAGUCAUAUGUAAUCCUCCUGUUAUUGAAAAUGGUUUCUUCAAACCUGCAAGGAUUACACACAGAAGGGAAGAUCAAAUCACCUACAUGUGUAAAGAUGGCUUUUAUCCUACAACCAGGGGAAAUACAGCACUGUGCACUAGCAAUGGCUGGGUACCUACACCAAGAUGCAGUUAUUCUGAAGAAAAAUGUGGGGCUCCUCCACCUAUUGAAAAUGGAGACAUCACUUCGUUCCCAUUACAUGAAUAUGCUCCAGGAUCAUCAGUUCAGUACCAAUGCCAGUCCUUUUAUACGCUUCAGGGUACCAACCGUGUAACAUGCUUGAAUGGACAGUGGUCAGAACCACCAAAAUGUUUAAAUGCAUGUGUAAUAUCAAAAGAAGAGAUGGAAAUACGUAACAUAGAGUUAAGAUGGAAAUAUGAUGAAAUAGUGUAUUCCAAAACUGGAGAUACUGUUGAAUUUAGAUGUAAAUGGCGAUAUUAUCCUGUGACAUCCCAAGACUCUUUUCGAGCAACAGAAGAACAAGCAGAAAAGAGAAUAAUGAAAAUUGAUGAAAGUCUGAGAUUAAUGUGGGAUAACAUGAAGAGGAAUAACCUAUGGGCGAUUGGAGUUUCAGAACAGGAAGAACUAAAGAAAACCACAGAUAGAAUCAGAAAGUUACUGGAAGAAAAUUUUCCUUACAUCUUGAAAGCCAAGAAGACAAACAUUCGAGAAGCAGAAUGGACCCCAGUAAAACAUUGUCGUAUUCCGAAUAUAAAGCAUGGAAUUCUAUACGAUGAAAACAAAUAUAAUCCAGACACUCUUAUUGCUGUGGGAAAUGUCCUCUACUACUCCUGUGAAUAUAGUUAUGUGUCUCCUUCAAACUCCUUUUGGACUGUCAUAGCCUGCACUAAUCAAGGAUGGUGGCCAAUACCUGAGUGCCUCAGAUUAUGUUUCUUUCCUUCUGUGGAGAAUGGUCAAUCUGCAUCUUCAGGACAAAUACACAUGGAAGGUGAUAUUGUAAAAAUUGACUGUAAUAUUGGCUACAGCCUUGCAGAUAAUAAGACAAACAUUUUAUGUGCAAAAAGUGGCUGGUCCUCUUCUCCCAAAUGUAUCAGUAAGUAAACAUAGAGUUAUUCUGAAAGAAAAUGUGGGGCUCCUCCACCUAUUGAAAAUGGAGAUAUCACUUCGUUCCUAUUAGAUGAAUAUGCUCCAGGAUCAUCAGUUCAGUAUCAAUGCCAGUCCUUCUAUACACUUCAGGGUAACAAAAGUGUAACAUGCAUGAAUGGAGAGUGGUCACAACCACCAAAAUGUUUAAAUGCAUGUGUAAUAUCAAAACACGAGAUGGAAAUACGUAACAUAGAGUUACGAUGGAAAUAUGAUGAAAAAGUAUAUUCCAAAUCAGGAGAUACUGUUGAAUUUAGAUGUAAAUGGCGAUAUUAUCCUGUGACAUCCCAAGACUCUUUUCGAGCAGUGUGUCAUGAAGGAAACUGGGAACCUUCUAAUUUCUUUACCACAUUUUCCUAUGUCACACCCUUUUUAGUGAUCCCUUUUAGAAAAAAAACAUGCUCAAAAUCAGAUAUAUACAUUGAUAAUGGCUUUUUUUCUGAAUCUGAGUUUUCAUAUCUUAUAAAUAAAAGAACACAAUAUAGGUGUAAACCAGGGUAUGUAACAGCAGAUGGUAAAGCAUCAGGAUUCAUUACAUGCUUGGAAAGUGGAUGGUCAAUUCAACCUGUAUGCCUUAAAUUUUGUGAAAUUCCAGUAUUUGAGAAUGCCAGAGCCAAAAGUAAUGGCACAUGGUUUAAACUCAAUGACAAGUUGGAAUAUGAAUGCAGAGGUGGCUAUGAAAAUGCACGUGGAAGCACCACAGGCACUUUAGUAUGUGGUGAUGAUGGAUGGUCUGAUACACCAACGUGCUAUGAAAAAGAAUGCAGUGUUCCUAAGUUACCAAAAAUAUUAGACGCCUCACCCAAGAAAAACAAAUAUAAAGUUGGAGAUGUACUGAAAUUUUCCUGUUCACAGAAAUAUCAAAUAGUUGGACCAGAUUCAAUUCAAUGCUACUACUUUGGAUGGUCCCCUAAAAUUCCAACAUGUAAAGUGGAGCAGGUAAAAUCAUGUGGCCCACCUCCUCAACUGCUCAAUGGGGAAGUUAAAGAGGCAAAGAAAGAAGAAUAUAAGCAUAAAGAAGUGGUGGAAUAUGAUUGCAAUCCCAAAUUCCUAUUGAAGGGGUCUAAGAAAAUCCAAUGUGUUGAUGGAGGAUGGACAACUUUGCCUAUAUGUGUUGAGGAAGAGAGUACAUGUGGCGAUAUCCCUGCACUUGAACAUGGCUAUAGUUUGCCCUCUGAACCUCCCUAUCACCAUGGAAAUGUAGUGGAGUUCAGUUGCGAAGAUUCAUUUACGAUGAAUGGAUACAAAUUUAUUAGAUGUGUUCGUGGAGUUUGGACGGAACUUCCUCAGUGCAUUGCGACAGAACAACUUAAGAAGUGUACAUUACCAAGGGGACGUAAAAUUGAAUCAGUCUCACCACCAGAUCAGACUGUAUUAAAUCAUAAUGAUAUCUUAGUUUAUAAAUGUAAAGGAAAAUCUGAAACCAGACAAUCAACCUGCAAAAAUGGAAGGUGGGAUCCCACGCUAACUUGCACAGGAGAAAUGAAAGAGUUAUGCCCACCUCCUCCUCUCAUUCCCAAUACUCGAAGUAUGACGAUGACAGUGAAUUAUAAGGAUGGAGAGAAAAUAUCUAUUCUCUGUCAAGAAAAUUACAUAACUCAAGAAGCAGAUGAAAUCGUGUGCAGUGGUGGGAAAUGGCAGUCAAUACCACGCUGUAUAUUAUUUUUAUAUACAUCUGAACACAGAUACUCACGUGGUACUACAUUAACUUAUAUCUGUGAAGAUGGCUUCAAGCUUUCUGAAGAAAAUGGGGUAACAUGUCACAUGGGAAAAUGGAGUUCUCCACCUCAGUGUGUAGGACUACUUUGUAAGCUACUACCUAUGAUUUCUGAUGGUGUUCUGUCUCAUGAGUUAGACAGCUACCAGCAUGGAGAAAAAAUUACCUACAGGUGUACUGAUGGUUUUGGGAUUGAUGGACCUGAAAAGAUACAAUGUAUGGAUGGAGAAUGGACAACUUUGCCCACUUGUGUUGAACAAGUGAAAAUGUGUGGCUAUAUACCUACACUGGAACAUGGUUAUGUCCAGGCCUCUGCCCCUCUCUAUCAGCAUGGAGCCUGGGUGGAGCUGAAUUGCAAAGAUACCUACACAAUGAUUGGAAAUAAGACAAUUACCUGCAUCGAUGGAACGUGGACCCAGCUUCCUAAGUGUAUUGAAUCUGUAGAGCAAUGUGGGCCACCUCCAUCUAUUGACAAUGGAGAUAUCACGUCAUUCCCAUUAUCAGUAUAUCCUCCAGGAUCUACAGUCAAGUACCUCUGCCAGUCCUUCUAUGAACUCCGGGGCUCCCCAUUUGUAACAUGCAUAGAUGGACAGUGGUCAGAAGCACCAACAUGCAUAGAUGCAUGUGUAAUAUCUGAGGAAAAUAUGAACAAAAACAACAUACAGCUGAAGUGGACAAAUAACAAAAAGAUAUAUGCAAAAACAGGGGAUAUUAUUGAAUUUGAGUGUAAAUCAUCAUUUCAAAUCAAAACGCCACUACAGUCAUUUCGAACUACCUGUAAGGAAGGGAAAAUUGAAUAUCCCAAAUGUGAACGACGCCAUCACAGCUUCCCUAAGCAUACUAUUAAAAAGUAA